GUAAGCUGUGUGGUACUUCCUCGUUUGUUUUCUCAGCUGAACUGAAACCAGACGCCCAAUUUCAGGAUGCAUCUGUCCAGGGUUGGACUUUACAUGAAGCGGAGAAAGCGGGGCUACUGUCAAGCCUGAACAUUUUUUUGUCUUCCGCCAUCUGGUCUUCUCUCUCUGCCUCUUGAGAUCGGUAGUCAGCCCCUCUCCCCCUCAACAACAUGCUCUGUUGGGGGAAUGCAAAGGAUGGACAGUUGGGAAUAGGUUUGGAGAGUAACCUCCUAUUUGAGCCAAGGUACUGCCAAGUGUUCAAUGGCAGGGGACUGAAAGAUGUGGCGUGUGGAGGCCAGCACUCAAUAUUCCUGCUGCAAGAUGGCAGUGUGUACACAUGUGGUUCCAACAGCUGUGGACAGCUGGGCCACGACAAACCAGGGACUUCUCCAGAGCUUUUAGGGGCGCUCGACACUCAGACGAUAAGGAUGGUGUCGUGUGGUCGGGCUCAUUCGAUGGCGGUGAACGAGCAGGGUCAAGUGUUUGCGUGGGGGGCCGGUGAAGGGGGCCAGCUCGGCCUGGGUACUACAGAGGUGGCUGUUCGAAUCCCAAGGUUAGUCAAAAGGCUGUGUGACCACCGGAUCUCUCAAGUGAUGUGUGGGAAUCAGCACUGCAUUGCACUUUCAAAAGAUGGCCAGCUGUUCACAUGGGGCCAGAACACCAGCGGUCAGCUCGGCCUCGGGAAAGGAGAGCCCAGCAAGCUGUUCCCUCAUCCCCUCAAGUCUCUGGCGGGUAUUCCUUUGGCACAGAUAACCGCCGGGGGGGACCACAGCUUCGCUCUCUCCCUGUCCGGAGCUGUGUUCGGUUGGGGCAAAAACAGAGCUGGACAACUGGGUCUCAAUGAUAAACAAGAUCGUGCUGUCCCAUGCCACAUCAAAUUUUUGAGAUCUCAAAAAGUUGUCCACAUCAGCUGUGGAGAGGAACACACAGCGGCCCUCACAAAGGACGGCGGCUUGUUUACAUUUGGUGAAGGCUCAUGGGGUCAGCUGGGCCAUGGUUCCACCAACAAUGAACUUUUACCCAGACGAGUCCUGGAGCUCAUGGGCACAGAGGUGUCUCAGAUCACCUGUGGCAGGCAACACACAUUAGCGUUUGUGCCUUCCUCCUGUGUGGUGUAUGCGUUUGGUUGUAACAGCCAUGGCCAGCUGGGCACAGGAGUACAGGGGGAUGCCAGCAGCCCAUUUCCUCUCAAGGCCGGUUUCCUGACUGGGAGUUUCCAUAGAUCAGUGACCAAAAUCAUCUGUGGAGGAGACCAUGGCUUCUUAUUGUACUCUAAUGAAGAGAGUUCUGCCCCCCCGGAAGACUUCAGAUUGAUGAAUGUCAGUAAAUCAAUAUCCCCAAUCAAUUAUGAAAGAUUAAAUUCAUGGAGGCUAAGGAUGAUGUACAGCACAGACUCCACUGUCACAAAUGACAUUAUAAUUCAGCUCUCCUCUACGGCUUGUUGGAACGCCAGCUUUUUGGACCAAAGUGAUGAUACCCACUUUAAAACCAACCCAAAGAUCCCUGGCAUCGAUCUCAACUCUGUCAGAAAACUAUUUGAGACGCUCAGCAAACCCGCCUUCUCUGGACUUCUGGAGCAGGCCACCAAGAGUUUUGAGAGUCUGUUGAUCCCUCAGCUGCCGCGCUCCCCUCCCGACGUCGAGGCCAUGAGGAUCUACCUCAUCUUAUCCGAGUACCCGGUCCUGCUGGACUCCAAGAACUACAUCCGCCUCACCAUCCCCCUGGCAAUGGCCAUCCUGCGGCUGGAUGCCAACCCCGCAAAAGUAUUAGAUAACUGGUGGUGUUUUGUUGACGGCAGUGUGUUCACCAGGAUGGUCGACAUGUACAAGAGCAUCGUUGUGUUCAUGCUAACGGGAGGAAAGACGCUGCUCGUGCCGGUGUUCUACGAAAACUACUUUGUCGCCACGCUGAAACUGCUGGAGAAACUCCACAAGGUAAACCUAAAGGCCCACCAUGUGGAAUACAACCGCUUUUAUAUCCCUGACAUCACCAACCUGGUGGACAUCCAGGAAGACUACCUCAAAUGGUUUCUGAGUAAAGCUGACAUUAAACAAUCAUCUUCCCCUUCACAGAGUGACUUUCCCUCAGUGAACCUUAGUGCCUACCCGUUCAUACUGAACGCUCGAGCCAAGACAACCAUGCUGCAAACAGACGCAGAGCUGCAAAUGCAGAUGGCAGUUAGCGGUGCAAACCUACACAACGUCUUUAUGCUGCUCACGCUGGAACCCCACCUUGCUAGGAACCCUUACUUGGUGCUCCAUGUGCGCAGGGACCAUUUAGUGAGUGACACAUUACGUGAGCUCACCAUGUAUUCCGAUGUGGAUCUCAAGAAACCACUGAAGGUGAUCUUUGAUGGAGAGGAGGCCGUGGAUGCAGGUGGAGUAACUAAAGAGUUCUUCCUGCUGCUGUUAAAGGAGCUGAUGGAUCCUGUUUAUGGGAUGUUCACUCACUACAAAGAGUCCAACCUGCUGUGGUUCUCGGACAAAUGUUUUGUUGAGCAGAACUGGUUUCACCUGAUCGGGAUCAUCUGCGGUCUGGCCAUUUACAACUCCACAGUGGUGGACCUCCACUUCCCCCUGGUUCUCUACAAGAAGGUUCUCGAUGUGGCGCCGACGCUGGAGGACUUCAAGGAGCUCUCCCCCACCGAGGCCAGGAGUCUACAACAACUUCUAGACUACGAUGGAGGUGAUGUGGAGGAGAUGUUUCUUCUCAACUUUGCUAUCACCAGAGAGAAUUAUGGGAUGACAGAAGUCAAAGAGCUUGUUCCCGGUGGAGAGAGCAUCAGCGUGGAUAAAAACAACAGGAAAGAGUUUGUGGAGGCCUACCUGCGCUACGUGUUCUCGGACUCGGUGAGCGAAGAGUAUGCGGCCUUCUCUUCGGGCUUCCUGAAGGUGUGCGGCGGGGAGAUCCUGUCACUGUUCCAGCCCUCUGAGCUGAUGGCGAUGGUGGUCGGCAACAACAACUACAACUGGGAAGAGAUGGAGAAGAAUGCUGUGUACAAAGGGGAAUAUACAGCUACCCAUCCAACAGUCAGAUUGUUCUGGGAAGUUUUCCACGAGUUCCCUCUGGAGAAGAAGAAGCAGUUCUUAUUGUUCCUGACCGGCAGCGACCGUAUCCCAAUCCACGGCAUGGAGAGCAUGCGUAUCGUGAUCCAGUCAACCACAGCAGAGGAGCACUACCUGCCGGUCGCCCACACCUGCUACAACCUGCUGGACAUGCCCCGCUACCAGACCAAAGAGAUCCUGCGCCGCCGCCUGACUCGGGCUGUGGAGCAGUAUGAGGGCUUCAGUCUGGUCUGAGGAGGGGAAGACCUGCAGCAGCUGUGAUGCACUUUAACAGCAAUAUGACCCCCAUGUCAGUGUAAUAGGGGACAUCGGAAACACAAGAAGUUCACUUUCUUUAUAUGCUUUUACAAAAUUGUUAACCAUCUUGAAUCUGAAAGGUCUAUCGAUGUAAAUGCAGAGUAUUAUUGUUUUUAUUGCUUUGGGCAAAGUCUCUCAACCUUUUAUGGCCAUUUGGGAAAUAUUUUAAAUGCUGUUGUCAUUCCUUAAAUAAAGAUGACACACUUAAAAAUCAUACGACAUACAGGGAUCAUAAAAAAAUUGUGACCAAAGGCCAGAGAGGGUUGAAAAACUGGUUUUGGUGUUUAGUUUUAUUUUUGUCUUUCUUUUUUUUUUGCACAGCUGUGUAUUUUAUAUUAAACUACUUAAAUUAUAUUUUCUACCUUUUAAAUAAUUGUGUUAUUACCUUGAGACAAUAUAUCUGCUUUUUGUUACUUUUAAUUUAAUAAAUAGAAUGGUUAUUUUUUGACAAAAUAUAAACUGUAUGUUUGUAAAUAGUACUUUGAAUAUAAUCUUUACCCUUGACAUUGGGAGAGUGUUUGUCCUGCUUAUCAUUUCAAAUGGGGACAGCAGCAUGUCUUCUGUUUCUGACAUUUAAGAAGUACAAUGGGAGAGUGUCAAGCAGGCAGAAAGAUGCUGGAUGGUGAAUAUUAUUUGCAAUUCCUCGUUUCUUUUGAGCUGUGGAUCACAGAGCAGCUGAUUUAGAACCUGCAUUCAACAGUGUUGCCUUCUACAGCAAAAACCUAUAUGACAAAGCUGAGUUAUUUUUUUUAGUGGUUGUUGUCUGUGUGCAUGUUCUUGAGUGAAAGCAGAACCUGAUUGUCAUUUACAAAGUUUGACAUUUUGGAAAAUAUUGGCUUUCUGGUGGGGAUUUAAAGAGUUAUAACAUGUCCUUAUUAAACAUAUGGUGGCAAUUAGCAGCCGGUUAGCUUUGAACAAAGAUUUGAGAGGAGGUGAAACAGCUACCGUUAGCCUAGCUUAGCUCCCCUCAGCCUAGCUUAGCUCCCCUCAACCGCAACAAAACCCGCCCACUAGCAUCACCAAAACUUACAAAAAGUGCACAUAUUAAGACCUCAUAUCUCGUUUGUUUAUACCACACCAAAAACAGCGUUCUAAAAAAUAUAUAAUGUUCUGUUUUACAUCGAGUUAUGUAAUUUACCCGGCUAUUUCUCGGCUGGGUUGUUAUACUUGUGACCAGAUUGGGAUAAAUUAAAAUUAGGCCGCAGAAUUAAAAUAGCUGGCCUAUUCUCUUAUUUAUAUUAGUACAUUUAUUUUAUUUUACAUGAGGUGAUACUACCAAAAAUAUUUAGACGAAGUCACUCACAACAGUUUGUUUUAUUAAAUAUAUUCAUGCCAAGGAACACAGAGUCACACCAUUUACUAGAGUAACAGCUGGUGGUUGCUUGGCAACAGCUCAGUGCUAAUAGUAGGCACAGCCCCUGCUAUUUGACAUUUUUAGAUUUUGGUUAUACAAAUGACAUAUCAACAUUUUUAUUGGUGAACUUUUAGAGUGUUUUUUUCUUUGAUAAUGUCACAUGUUGACAGAUCCACAGUGGCUCUCUUCCCAUGUGGGUUUGUUUGAUGGGCUAAGCUAACCGACUGCUAUCUGUAUUUUCAUAUUUAGCUAACAAAGCUAAGCUAACUUUCAACCAGAAAGUGCAUAAUUUAUGUCCUAAAAUAUCCUAUCAAUACUAAAUAUAUAAUAAUUAAAAUUAAUAAUUGUAAUUAGUUUGUUUCCAUGUUGCAGAUACUACAAUUGUGACAUUUGUGAUACUAUAUUUGACAGUGUGGGCAGAUGACUUCUUAAAUCAGAGUAAGCUGAUGAACUGUAUCUGUCAUGUCAUACUAAACUUGCCCUGAUGCUAUAUUUAAUCCUAGAGUCAAACCUCUUAGUCCAAACUGAUGUUUAAUUGGGUGAACCAUUGGGGUGCAAGUGUGUGAUAUGGUCUUGCAUAUAUACGUAUAUUUUUUAUAUAUUUCAUACGUGACUGGUGUCAAAGUUUCUGCAGUAAAUGACUUGACACAUGUAACCGUUCAGCAAUAACAACCUGAAGCAGCCCAGUAAUGUAGUGAUUAUAACUCUGGGCUAUUCUUCUAAAAGGUCUUAAACACUGGACUUUGACUUGUGUUUUCUUAGGACAGUUUAUCUUUUUGCUUUGCUCUAUACUGCAUGAACAUAUAUGUUCUACAUAUUCAGUCAGAAUUUGAUGCACUGAAGCUUUUUUCUUCGGCAGAGUUUAGUCCUAUGCAAAGGUUUGUGCAGCCCUUUACUUUUUUUGUACCUUUUAAUGUGCUAAGAAAAUGUGAUAUUUUUUGGGUCUGAAAUCUACAAAAAAGCUCUCUGUUCCAGCAAACCUUUUAAAUAAAACAAUUCAGUGUCU